AUGGAUAUUCUUCCGGAAGCUUCUGAGGUUUCUGACCUGGAUCUUCAGCUUGAAGAUCGGCUGAGCAUCCAGCUGGAGACAACAGUGCAUUCUCAGAAUGAUAUCAAGAGUGAGGACUCAGAGGAAAUCCCGAAACUUGCAAUCAACACCUCAGUCUCACGCACCGAGAGACCCUUGCUUUGCAAGGACAUUUUAUAUAUGCUUCACCACUGGACUUCCUCUGAUAGUAUUCACUCAGAGUACGCUUGCACCUCUGGGUCUGAGGAUGACCUGACGGAGGAGUCGGAUUCGUGGUCCGACAAUGAAGAGGGUGACAGCGAUGAGUCUGUUCUAUGCCUCACAAGCCACGGCCCCCGACCCUUGGAUUCAACCAACAGCUUGUGUCCAUCCCUGCCGAGACGCCUCUCCUUCAAGCCUCUCGAGACAGUUGAAGAGAGGAGUGAUGGGCCCACGGCGCUCGACUCGGAAUCACACCAUGUGCAGUGCGAAGUAGUCCAGCACCCGAUUACGCCAGGGCUGGAAUGGCCCACCAAUGUCAUCUUCCAAAACGACUUCUUCGCGGUCUCUGAAUCAACGAUUGCCGGAUGGGGCGCCUUCGCCACCAAGGAUCUCAAGUAUGGAGACCGAAUUCUGAUCGAGAAACCGUUGUUCACGGCUGACUCGUCGUCGCUGUUCAAAGAAUUCGACAGACUGAACCGGGUCGAGCAGGAGGUUGCCCUGGCGCUCCACGCGAACGACAUGUGCAAGCCGGGCACGCCGAAGCUCCAGGCCAUCUGGACGACUAAUUGCUUCGCAACAGGGAAGAGGGACAAUGCAGGGCUAUUCCCAAUUGCCUCUCGCUUCAAUCACUCCUGUUAUCCAAAGGACAACAUCGAGUACACGUUUGACCACAUCCAUGAUUGUCUCGAAAUGAUUGUCAAGGCAGACAGAAUCGCAGCCGGCGAAGAGUUGACUAUUACGUACGGAACCAAACGCACACCGAUGGACCUCUUUAUGCGCUACGGUUUUCGGUGUCGCUGUGGUGCGUGCCCUGGCUUGGUCGAAACCACCAAAUUGGUCGCGUGGUAG